AUGCAAAAUUCAGACUAAAAAAGUGUAAAAAUACCUAAUAACAAAAAUUUGCUAUAAAUAAAGACAAAAACUUCCAAAAAACCAUUUUCUUUUGAUAAAGGUAAUAAGAAUUAGAAAAAUAAUAUAACUUAGAAUUAAAAAGGUAAAACAUCUGAAAUAACAAUUAAAUUCUUAAACAAAUAAAAAAAGUAAUAAUACUCACUUUUUAAUAAUUAAAAAAUAGAAGAUGUAAAAAUGAAGCAUGAAUAGAUUAAUCCUAAAUAAAAAGUGCAAUUAUAAUGUAUAAAGAAAAAAAAAGUUGAAUAUUCUCCUUCUCCAUAAAAUGAAAAUGGGUAAUCAUCUUAAUAGAAAAUUAAAGUGGAUGAAUCAUAUCAUUAAACAUCUUGUAUUCUAGGUUAAAUAGCAAUAUUUUUGGGUACUCCAGGUGUAGGCAAAACAUUUUUGAUGCAAAAACUAUUCUAAACUAAAAUAAUAGAAUUUUAAUAGUAUGAGUUAAAGAUUGAUGAUAAUUUAUCUUAUAAUUUUGUGGAUACUAAGGGAUUUGAUUUUGAAAAUGAUUAUGAUGAAAGAGAAAUCUAAAUUAAACAUUAUUAAGAUCUGUUUUAUAAAUAUCCAUAAAAAAUUGCUACACUUUUCAUUGUAGUUAAUUUUGAAAGAACAGAUUUAAUGAAAAAGAAAUUACAAUCUAUAUAUAAAUAUUUCAAAAAAUUCUAAUCCUAAAUCAGUAUUAUUGUUACAGAUAUGCAUUUAAGUGACAAUGAAUAUAACAGUUAAAUUGAUUUACAAAAUAAUUUUAAAGUCUUCAAUCCUUAUACUAUUUUAUUUGUUAGGAAGAAUAUUUAAAAAGAAGAAUUAAUUGAAAAAUUGCAAAAAGCAUUAAUUUAAGUCAAUUUUAAUCAUUUUUUUGAUUUAACAGAUACUAUUUUUGAAAAAGAAAAUGAAGAUGAAAUAAAAAAUCUAUAAGAGUAAUUAAAAAUGAGAUUAUGUUAAUGA